AUGUCUAACCUUUUUGACAAAGCUAAGGAAUUCGCCAAUUCCGAUCAAGGCAAGAACUUGAUGAACCAAUUCUCCGGCGGCGGCGGUAACAACAACAACAACAACAACAACCAAGGUUCCGGUGGCUUCGGUGGAUCAUCAGGUAACGAUGAUUCUUACGGAUCCGGAAACAACCAAGGCUCUGGCGGCUUCGGCGGAGGCAAUGACAACCAAGGUUCCGGUGGUUACGGAGGAUCAUCAGGCAAUGACUCUUACGGAUCAGGUGGUGGUAACCAAGGCUCAGGUGGUGGCUUCGGUGGUGGUAACCAAGGCUCUGAUUCUUACGGAUCUGGCAACCAAGGCUCUGGCGGCUUCGGUGGUGGUAACCAAGGCUCUGACUCCUACGGAUCUGGCAACCAAGGAUCUGGUGGCUUCGGCGGAUCAGGCAAUGAUGACUCUUACGGAUCCGGAGGCGGUGGUGGUGGCUUCGGAGGAGGUAACCAAGGCGGUUACGGCAACCAAGGAGGCCAAGGUGGUGGCUACGGAGGCGAUGACAACAGCAAUAACUACUAA